UUUUUUUUCUUUCUUCUUCUAAUAGACAAACUUGGUCACUCUAGAACGAACGAUCUCACAACUCAUCUGUAUUCACCGAUCUCUUCUUUCUCUCUUCUGCCUCUACGAACCUUUUCAGAAUCAGCCAGCCAUGGACGAAGAGUACGAGGUUAUCGUUCUCGGCACCGGUCUUAAGGAGUGUAUCCUCAGCGGUCUCCUUUCCGUCGAUGGUGUCAAGGUGCUUCACAUGGACAGGAAUGACUACUAUGGUGGAGAAUCAACAUCGCUUAAUCUCAAUCAGCUUUGGAAGAAGUUUAGGGGAGAAGAGAAGGCUCCUGAGCACUUAGGUGCUAGCAGGGAUUACAAUGUUGACAUGAUGCCUAAGUUUAUGAUGGGAAAUGGCAAGCUUGUUCGUACUCUUAUUCAUACUGAUGUUACAAAGUAUCUCUCCUUUAAAGCUGUUGAUGGUAGCUACGUUUUCGUUAAAGGCAAGGUUCAAAAGGUGCCAGCUACUCCUAUGGAGGCCCUGAAAUCUCCUCUCAUGGGUAUAUUUGAGAAACGUCGAGCUGGCAAGUUUUUCAGUUUUGUUCAGGAGUACGAUGAGAAGGACCCAAAAACGCACAAUGGAAUGGAUUUGACCAGAGUUACAACAAAGGAACUGAUUGCGAAAUUUGGCCUUGAUGACAACACUAUUGACUUUAUUGGUCACGCAGUGGCACUUCACACGAAUGACCAACAUCUUCAUCAACCCGCCUUCGAUACUGUGAUGAGAAUGAAGCUCUAUGCGGAAUCUCUUGCACGUUUUCAAGGAACCUCUCCAUAUAUCUAUCCUCUGUAUGGGUUGGGAGAACUACCCCAGGCAUUUGCACGACUUAGUGCUGUCUAUGGUGGAACAUAUAUGUUGAACAAACCUGAGUGCAAGGUAGAGUUUGACGAUGAAGGCAAGGUUACUGGUGUAACAUCUGAGGGAGAGACUGCUAAAUGCAAAAAGGUUGUGUGUGACCCUUCCUACCUGCCAAACAAGGUUAGGAAGAUUGGCAGGGUUGCUCGGGCCAUUGCAAUUAUGAGCCACCCGAUUCCAAACACCAACGAUUCUCACUCAGUCCAGGUCAUCAUACCUCAGAAACAGUUGGCCCGCAAAUCGGAUAUGUAUGUCUUCUGUUGUUCGUACUCCCACAACGUUGCUCCCAAGGGAAAGUUCAUCGCAUUUGUGUCUACAGAUGCAGAGACUGAUAACCCUCAGACCGAACUAAAGCCUGGUACCGAUCUGUUGGGUCCUGUUGAUGAGAUAUUCUUCGACAUGUAUGAUAGAUACGAGCCUGUCAAUGAGCCUGCUUUGGACAACUGCUUUAUUUCAACGAGCUAUGAUGCUACAACACACUUUGAGACAACUGUGGCGGAUGUGUUGAACAUGUAUACCCUAAUCACCGGAAAGCAACUGGACCUAAGUGUCGAUCUGAGUGCAGCAAGCGCUGCUGAGGAAUGAGGAAUCUCUCUCUAGUUUUUUUUCUUAUGCUUGUUUUUCUAUUUUCCUGACUCUUGCUUUUGGGUUUGUUGUUUUGGUUUUUUUUUUUUGUCGGUUUGAAAACAGAAUCAAUACCUAUCCUUCAUGUUUUAGCAACUAACGACCUUGUGUCUCCUUUUUAAUGUUGGAUUCCUCGGUUAAAAAGACUUAUAAAUGCUCUUUAAAUCUCAA